AUGAAGGCUGUUCUUCCGGGUAAGCCAGAGCCCCGACUCCAAGCUCUCGCAAGCGGCUUAUGGCGUUCCCAGCGGGUCAUACAGACUAUUUACGACGAUGAUGUCACCCCCCUCGAAGCCGUGGCCUUUGACGAAACCUCAGGCCGGAUUGCCACAUGCACCGACACAACUGUUCGUGUAUAUCAGCCUGCAGGCGUGCCAGAGGAACCUCUUCGGUGGGUUCUGCAGUGUACCUUCGUUCCCAGUAUCCGACCAUUGGACAGCAGCCACAGAGACAGUGCAAAAAUCGACCGCUUUCCAAUGGUUCUAUCGUGGGGGGCUUCAAGGGAACUGAUUGUUGGACAUCGUACGCUGGCACUUUAUCAUACCGGGCCGUCCCCUGUUUGCUUAUGGCGCAAGCCACUUGGAAACGUCGUUCAGCGAGUCUGCUUUUCGUACGACUCAUCAUACAUUGCCUGUGUUGGCUAUACAGAUCGUCUUAUUAAAGUCUGGAGGCGCCUAAACUUUGGCUCGGACAAUGUAGGGUUCGACUUUUUUUACCUUCGGCACCCAGAGCCAGUUACCAACUUGCAAUGGCGUGCGCCCUACCAUGUUGGUCAUACCAUUGACCAUGUCCUGUACACAUUUUGCGUUGACAAUAUUCUGCGCAUCUGGACCAAAGCCGAUGUACACAGUACGACGCAACAGCAGCUAUUUCUUAGGGGUGAAGUAGAUUUGGCCGCAUCGCUACAUUUCGCUGCGCUUGACAACAGUGCUUUCGCUGGCGAGGUUCAGUGGGCCUUCAUCAUUCCGGGACGAGAUCUGUCUGCUGCUACAGAAAGAGCAGUCCAAGAGCGCGAUGAGACCAGUGAGAAAAACACGGGUGCCCUCCAGCACCUUGUCGACAUAGCCAACCGAAGUUCCGAAGUCUGUAUUGUUCUCGAUGCUCGGGGCGCAUUAGCUGCGAUAUCCCUAGAAAACCCUGACUCAAAGUCUCCGAAAACAAACGACACUUAUACUAUCACCCACCUAACUUCGCCUGAUCUUGACUUCUCUCAUAGUCUCGGAUCACCACCAACAUUGCACACCAAUCAUGUCGAGAUUUACACCUUUUGUGACAACUCAAAGGGCCAUCUCCAUCUUCUUCUACAUUACUUCACAGGAACGAUCGACAUCUAUGAGGCAAAUGUGGCCCUUGUCUUUAACGAGACAUCUUCAGGUCCACGAUUGUGGCACAAGAGCACUUGGUCCGGACACUCGGGGCCUAUUCGCAAAAUGGUUCGCAACUUUAGUGGGGGCGCUGUUGUUUCAAGAACACACAACGGUGAAGGCACGGUGUGGAGCCAUACUCACGGCAACAAAGGCACUCCACUGUCACCGAAUGCUGUGCUUAUGGAAGAAAAGCCAAUACGCAGAAUCUGUGUCCUGCGGAAAGGCCGGUUUGUUGUGUUUCUCUUCGAUUCCAGUUUAGCCGUCUGGGACUGCCGCAGCGGUGUCCCAACGCUCUUGGGCCAUUGUGAUUACACUAUCUCGGGAAAGCCCCUUUGCCUACUGGUUCUGCCACGUGAGAGGGCACAAGAUGGCUCAGUUGCCCAUAUUGCUACAGUGACCUCCGAGAACCACGGUGUCGUUUGGGAAGUUGUUCUUCCGAAACCUACCACUGAGAUCCCACCACACCAGCAAAAUGUUGAGGUAAAAGGGCAAAACCUCUCUUCCGUCAGCGAGUAUUGCAGGUUUGACCUGGGGGAUGCUGGGAAAUUGGCAUACAUGCUGCCAGUCGACCCUGCUGGCGCAAAUCCUAUCAUAUCUGGUUUCCUGGACGUGUUUGCUCGCGAUGUUGCCAUCUCAUACACAGAAACAGGUCGGAUCGAGUUCUGGACUGCCCGUCUCAACCACAGCAGUAAAAGAGUUGAGUGGUUGUCGACGUCGUCGAUGGAGACGGGCAUCCGUAGCCCAUCUCUUGUGAGUGGUAGCACGCGAAAGAAGGCAGCGUUGGUCAAUGAUCGCCGCUCUGUUGUCACGAUCUGGGAUAUUCAGGGAGCCCAGCUUGAAUAUGAGAGCAGCUUCGAAAGUCACGAUACCGUACAAGAUCUGGACUGGACAUCAACACCGGACUCGCAAUCUAUUCUGGCUGUUGGGUUUCCACACCGUGUUCUCCUCUUAUCACAACUACGGUACGACUAUCUAAACAAGGGCCCUGCAUGGGCAGUUGUCCGAGUGAUUGAUAUACGCGGACAAACGCCACACCCUAUAGGCGAUUCUACCUGGCUUGGCGACGGUGAUUUUGUCAUUGGAGCUGGAAAUCAACUUCUUGUACAUGAUAGAAUGUACAGUAUCCCCAAUGCCCUUGUCGCUGGCCUCCGUCUUCCACAAUCUCGAACACGCAACGACCUCUUCGAUGUUGUCCAAAGGCUUAAUGGGCCGCUUCCUGUUUUUCAUCCCCAGUUCUUGAGCCAGUGCAUGCUGGCUGGUAAAAACGAACUUGUGCAGCAAAUCCUAAUGUCUCUGCACAACGUCCUCAAGCUUUCUGUGCAAGGCGAUGCGGUCGAUGACUACCUUGGGAUAGAACUCGAACAGUUUUACAAAGGCGGACAGAAAACAAUGUCCCGUGAAAAGGAGAAGAACUCCAAGGCAUCUCUCAUCACGCGUGACCUGUCUAUUGACGAUGAUAGUGAUGUCUUCACAGAAAGUGUCGCGCAAGCAAUCAGUGAAAAACUCACGACUUUUCCCCUUCCCCAAUUAUCUGGUCAUGAGCAGAUUCAACUCAUGGAUAUAGUAGAGUGCGCCGGCUUAUUGGAAAAGCAACGCCGGUCUAUGGACGGAAACGGAGCUCGAUAUAUGCUGUUUUUCCGGCAGCACGCUCUCCGUAAAGGACGCACAAAUGAAAUCCACAUCGGUUGGAGAGAAUUCUGCUGGGCGUUCCACUCAACGAGCCAGGAUAUUCUUGUCGACUUCGUAUCUCGGCAACAUCACGGGUCUUUAGUAUGGGAGCAUGCGCGGGAGAGCGGCAUGUUUAUGUGGCUAACAGAUAAUUCUGCGGUGAAAACACAGUUCGAGGUCAUUGCUCGCAACGAAUACGCGAAAAGCGAGCUGAAGAACCCAGUCGACUGCAGUUUGUUUUAUCUAGCGCUCAAGAAGAAGGCGGUGUUGCAGGGCCUCUGGCGAAUGGCUUCGUGGAACCGGGAACAGGGGGCUACACAACGGCUUCUCUCGAAUAAUUUUGAGGAGCGAAAGUGGAAGACCACAGCUUUGAAAAACGCCUAUGCCUUGAUGAGCAAGAGACGAUUCGAAUACGCCGCGGCCUUCUUCCUUCUCGCAGAUCGGCUCCAAGACGCAAUGAAUGUCUGCUUUAACCAACUCCAGGAUCUACAGCUAGCUGUCAGCAUUGCCCGCGUCUAUGAGGGCGAUCAGGGUCCCGUUCUGAUGCGAUUCCUGGAAGAAGUGGUCCUUAAUGUGGCUGCACAAGAAGGAAAUCGGUGGCUCGCAUCGUGGGCAUUUUGGAUGCUCCGCCGGAAAGACAUGUCCGUUCGUGCCCUGAUUACUCCCGUUUAUACGCUCAUCGAAACACCAUGCUCUCCCGAUAUCAAGUCCAAGUUGUUUCUCACGGACGAUCCUGCGCUUGUUGUCCUUUAUGGCCAAUUGCGGCAAAAAACUUUACAAACGCUACGGGGUGUUUCCAAGGUGACGCCGAGGGCGGAAUGGGAGCUCGUUUUACACAGCGCACGCCUAUACGGUCGCAUGGGCUGCGACUUGCUGGGAGUUGACUUGGUGCGCAACUGGGAGUUCCUCCUCGCCGGACCGUCUUCCUCGAUGGUACAGAACGACGUACGCCCCCUUCAAAUGCUUCGCCGUCGGAGCUCGUUGGUCGUUGCCGACCUGCCUUUGUCGCAUAUAGCAGAGCAACUGCCGGCAGACCUCAAUAGCGACGGGGCACCGAAGAUGGCGCCGAGUGUAUUUGAAGAGCCAGACCCAAACUCGCUCCUUGACAGUUUCGGAUUCUAG